AAAGGUUGUGAUAGUGGUCACAGGUGAAAUGCCUUGGACAAUCUUCUGAAGCUUUUGAUACGAGGUAAUGACUCAUUUUGAAUUAUGUUUACAAUCCUAGAUGUUUCUUGUGAUUCUACAUGGUUGUUUCAAGGGAGAAUUUGGGGAAGAAACAGGGAAGAAUUGAUUAGAAACUGAAGAAAAGAUUUUGACAGGAAGUUACUUCUGCGAUGACAUAACUAAAAUGUAGUUUUUGGCAGGCCUUUUAUAUCACUGCUAGUCUGCUACACACAGCCUUCAGAUUACUCUAGGUGGUUGCUAUUCUCGAGAUUUCUUUAACAAAUGGGGAUUUGAGGCACAUCCAUAGAUUGCGCUUCUGGCCUCUUAAUGAGAUUCUUAUGGAAAAGUAUGAUUUUAGCAAACAAGAUGCAAAUGACAUGGCUGACUUCCUCAUCCCAAUACUUGCUUUUGCCCUUGAAAUGAGGCCAACUACAGCCCACCCCAAUGCCUUAGUCAUCCAUGGUUCAGUGCAGUGCCACGGCUUCGUGAACCUUUAGUGGCCGCUACUAAACCUCAGCACACAGAUGGGAGCAUGUCUGAGAAGGAAAGAAGAGAGAAGGAUGAUAGGGAAGCCAUGGAGAUUGGAAUAAGGAAUAUAGCAAUUGAUGGAGUUUCAAAGCCAUUGAAAGAGAAAACCUCCAAAGUUGAAAACGACUGGAUUCCAGAGCGGUGUUGACUCCUUGAUUUCUGAUCAAAUUGUUUAUUUCUUGCAUGUAUGACUUUGCCAGAAUUUGAUCAUUGUCCUCUCUUCUGAUCUUCUUUUAUUUGGUUCUGUAUGAGAAAUGUUCCUUUCCCCCUUGAUGCAUGGGAUCCAGAGUUUUUGAAGACACAUUCUUGGUGGUCUCCAUUUUUUUUUUUUUUUGUCCUUUUGGGUGGAAUGAUGGACUAUUAAACAGGAAUAACUUCU